AUGACACAAAACAAGACCGAAGAAGAAGUAGUGAACGCAGUCAUGGAAGAACUUGUAGAUUUUGAAGGCGGCGCAACAACCGAAACUGUCCCUGAAAAAACAAAAAGUGUGGGAGGCGUCACCGCUGAAAGCUCCAAAGAAGAAUCAGCGACAAACAAGGUCGGCGGUGAGGUGGCCAAACCAGAAACGAAACCCUCGGACAACGGGACCACUAAUGCUAAAACUGCAGAGAUUGGUGAGGAAAAAAAGGAAACUAAUGGUGGUGCCACUAUUGAAGAGGAUAAAGUCGAGAAGGAAGAAACGGCUUCCGAUGGGUCACCACCCCCAGAGGGCGAAUAUGAAGUAGAGAUGAUUAUGGACCAUAAGAGAAAGGCGGGGAAAAUGACAUAUUUGAUAAAAUGGAAAGGCUACAGUGAAGAUGACAUGACUUGGGAACGUGCAGAGGAUUUAUUCUGUGAAGAUCUCGUAAACGAAUAUUGGGAAAGGACAAAUAAAGAAGCUCAAGAAAAAGCCAAGUCUGGAAAUUUGAAAUCUAGCCGAAGAGCCAAAACCACCACAUCAACUCAUAGGACCAAAAGUGCAGCGUCCUCGAGUAAAUCUGAAAGUGGUACAAAACGUAGUCGAACCAAGGAAAAAAGGGAAGAAAACGAACAACGACCACGUAAGCAAAGGAAGAAACAAAUCGAGAACGAAGAGAGUGAUUGGGAAAAUCAAGUGGUGUCUGUUGAAACUGUUACUCGUGAUGACAAAACUUCAGAAUUAAUGGUCUUUUUGAAAUGGACUAACGGAGAAACGUCAAAGCAUCCAAGCAGGGAAGCUAACCUCAAGUGUCCACAAAAGAUGAUAAGAUUUUAUGAGCAACGUUUGACUUUUGCUCCACCCGCAAAUACAACUCCAGCGAAUACAACAGCUGCGAAUACAACAAAGACUUAA